CCUCUCGUCGGACCGCGAGGGGUCACUUCCCCUCUCCGGGUUUCAGUUUUCUCCAGGGUCUGGCGAGCAGUGGUUGGGCCGCCUCGGACCAAAGUCCUCAGCUUGUGACCGGGGGCCCGAGCCCCCGCCCCUCUUUCGCCUCGCGGCCCAGCGGCCCCUCCGCUCGCUCCGCGCAGCGCGCCCGCGCCCGGGGACAAUCCUCUCCUUGUCUGGGGCGCCGGCAUCUAGAGUUUUCUGUAACCUCCGGCUACGCCUUUUUUCCAGGGCGGAGCCGCAGCCCCGCUCUUCCUCGUAGUGAGCCGCUCAGCAGCCCGGGUCGCCUUCCCAGAGCCCCCCGCUCCGUGGUUUGGAUCCCGGCGCGCCGCGGGAACCAGGUGCGGGCCUGUGAGCGGUCUCGGCCCGCUCCCCGCCAUGGCCUCCUGGGGCCCCGGACUCCCGCUCCUGCUGCUCCUGCUGCUGCUGCUGCUGCUGCUACUGCUGUCGCCGCCUCCUGUGGCCUCGGCUUCCGAUCGUCCCCGGGGUGGAAACCCUGUCAACCCAGAGAAGUUGCUGGUGAUCACCGUGGCCACAGCCGAGACAGAGGGAUACCGGCGUUUCCUGCGAUCAGCUGAGUUCUUCAACUAUACAGUGCGGACGCUGGGCCUGGGAGAGAAGUGGCGAGGGGGUGAUGUGGCCAGGACAGUUGGUGGAGGACAGAAGGUCAGGUGGCUAAAGAAGGAAAUGGAGAAAUAUGCAGACCGGGAGGAUAUGGUCAUCAUGUUUGUGGACAGCUACGAUGUGAUUUUGGCUGGCAGCCCCUCCGAACUGCUGAAGAAGUUCGUCCAGAGUGGCAGCCGCCUGCUGUUCUCUGCAGAGAGCUUCUGCUGGCCUGAGUGGGGGCUGGCAGAGCAGUACCCUGAGGUGGGCACGGGGAAGCGCUUCCUCAACUCUGGUGGAUUCAUUGGCUUUGCCCCCACCGUCCACCAAAUUGUCCGCCAGUGGAAGUACAAGGAUGACGAUGAUGAUCAGCUGUUCUACACUCGACUCUAUCUGGACCCAGGACUGAGGGAGAAAUUCAGCCUUAAUCUGGAUCAUAAAUCCCGGAUCUUUCAGAACCUCAACGGGGCUUUAGAUGAGGUGGUUUUAAAAUUUGAUCAAAAUCGUGUGCGUAUACGGAAUGUGGCCUACGACACGCUUCCUGUUGUGGUGCAUGGGAACGGUCCCACUAAGCUCCAGCUGAAUUACCUGGGAAACUAUGUCCCCAAUGGCUGGACUCCUGGGGGAGGCUGUGGAUUCUGUGACCAGGACCGGAGGACACUCCCGGGGGGGCAGCCUCCCCCCCGGGUGCUUCUGGCCGUGUUUGUGGAGCAACCUACCCCGUUCCUGCCCCGCUUCCUGCAAAGGCUGAUGCUCCUGGACUAUCCCCCCGACAGGAUCACCCUCUUCUUGCAUAACAACGAGGUGUACCAUGAACCCCACAUUGCCGACUCCUGGCCCCAGCUCCAGGACCACUUCUCAGCUGUGAAGCUGGUGGGGCCAGAGGAGGCCCUGACCCCAGGCGAGGCCAGGGACAUGGCCAUGGACAAGUGUCGGCAGGACCCCGAGUGUGAAUUCUACUUCAGUCUGGAUGCUGACGCCGUCAUCACCAACCAGCAGGUCCUGCGCAUCCUCAUUGAAGAAAACAGGAAGGUCAUAGCACCCAUGCUUUCCCGCCAUGGGAAGCUGUGGUCAAACUUCUGGGGAGCCCUGAGUCCCGAUGAGUACUACGCACGCUCCGAGGACUACGUGGAGUUGGUGCAGCGGAAGCGAGUGGGCGUGUGGAAUGUGCCCUACAUUUCCCAGGCGUAUGUGAUCCGGGGGGACACCUUACGGACAGAGCUGCCUCAGAGGGAGGUGUUCUCCGGCAGUGACACUGACCCAGACAUGGCCUUCUGUAAGAGCCUGAGGGACAAGGGCAUCUUCCUCCAUCUCAGCAAUCAGCAGGAAUUUGGCCGCCUCCUGGCCACUUCCCGGUAUGACACAGACCACCUACACCCCGACCUCUGGCAGAUCUUUGACAACCCCCUGGACUGGAAGGAGCAGUAUAUUCACGAGAACUACAGCCGGGCUCUUGAAGGGGAGGGACUCGUGGAACAGCCAUGCCCAGAUGUGUACUGGUUCCCUCUGCUCUCAGACCAAAUGUGUGAUGAGCUGGUGGAGGAAAUGGAGCACUAUGGUCAGUGGUCAGGAGGCCGGCAUGAGGACUCAAGACUAGCUGGAGGCUAUGAGAAUGUGCCCACCGUAGACAUCCACAUGAAGCAGGUGGGCUAUGAAGACCAGUGGCUGCAGCUGCUGAGGACGUACGUGGGGCCCAUGACCGAGAGCCUGUUCCCAGGCUACCACACCAAGACCCGGGCAGUGAUGAACUUUGUGGUCCGCUACCGGCCGGAUGAACAGCCUUCUCUGCGGCCACAUCAUGAUUCAUCCACCUUUACUCUCAACGUUGCUCUCAACCACAAGGACCUGGAUUAUGAGGGAGGUGGCUGCCGCUUCUUACGCUAUGACUGUGUGAUCUCAGCCCCACGGAAGGGCUGGGGGCUUCUGCACCCUGGCCGUCUCACCCACUACCAUGAGGGGCUGCCUACCACGAGGGGCACUCGCUACAUCAUGGUGUCCUUUGUCGACCCCUGACACUCAACCACUCUGCCAAACCUCUCCUGCCAUUGUGCCUUCUUAUGCCCCACUCCUUGGAGAGGGUCUGUCUGGCUCUUCAUCUACUGAGCGUAUGUUCGGUGUGCCUGGGACUGGAUGUCUCACCUCGCUCCCCAAUCCCCAACACACAGCCCUCUCAAGAAGCUCCUGGAGCCCCCUAGUCCCUCCCCUCAGCCCCCAAGAGUUCAUGGGAGAGAGCUUCUGGGGGUUCCCCAUGUGAUAACUUAUUGUUUCUUAGCCUCACUCCCAAUAAAGGAGGAUUUGUAA